CAGCGCAUGUUAGCGACAUGCUCGCCGUUCUCAUUCUUCUUACAUCUGAAAAACGCGGGAAAAUAUAUUAGGGCAUCCCUUCGAACAUCUCUCUUAAAAUCAAAAUAAUCGACGUUGGAAUGCAUCGAAGCGUUUGGUUUUGAAGCCAUGGAAGCGAGCGACGGAGAUGAAGAAGAGUUUGGAUUCUCCAGGAACUACUUUCUCGCCAAAGAAUUGGGCGGAUCCGGAAAGAAAUCCACCUGCAAGCUCUCCGACAUCAAUCUUGUCGACGAACAGGAGCUGAGAGCAGCAGCAUCUCGAAUCAUACCCAAACAUGAAAAAGAGAUGGCAUCUUUGCUGAACAAAUACAAAAGCUUAUACCCCAAAUGGCUUUUUGAGCUUAGGUGUGGCUUUGGCCUCUUAAUGUAUGGAUUUGGGUCUAAGAAGGUCUUGCUUGAAGAUUUUGCUUCAACUGCAUUAACCGAUUUCAGUGUGGUUGUCAUCAAUGGCUAUCUUCAGUCAAUCAAUCUAAAACAUGCCGCAAUUACCAUUGCUGAACUUCUAUGGGAUCAAUUAAAGAACAAACGAAGGACCCCCAUCAAAACCCAGCAACCUUUUAGUUCACAAUCAAUGGAAGAUAUUCUUGCUUUCCUGGAUGGACCACUUGCAAAGGAAAACAAUUGCUUCGUCUGUGUUGUUGUGCACAACAUUGAUGGACCUGGUCUGCGAGAUUCUGAAGCGCAACAGUAUCUUGCACGAAUUGCAUGUUGUUCCCAAGUUUAUAUGGUGGCAUCCAUCGACCAUGUCAAUGCACCCCUAUUAUGGGACAAGAAAAUGGUCCACACGCAGUUCAACUGGUGCUGGUACCAUGUCCCGACCUUUGCACCAUACAAGGUGGAAGGACUCUUCUUUCCUUUAAUCCUCGCAAACAGCGGCUCCACACAAAAUGCAAAAUCAGCUGCCAUUGUCCUGCAGAGUUUGACCCCAAAUGCACAAAGUGUGUUCAGGGUCCUUGCAGAAUACCAGCUGGGCCAUCCUGAUGAAGAAGGGCUGCCCACCAAUAGCUUGUAUACGAAGUGCCGGGAGCGCUUUCUAGUUAGCAGUCAAGUUACACUGAAUUCCCAUUUGACAGAGUUCAAAGAUCAUGAAUUGGUUAAGACCCGUAGGAAUGCAGAUGGCCAGGAUUGUUUCUACAUACCGCUCACAUCUGAAGCACUAGAAAAGCUGCUACAAGAGAUUGGCUGAAUUGUUGCUGUUGUUUGUUGCCAUAGUGUAAAACAGGUCAUCAGGGACCCAUGUAAGCACAGCGUGUCAGGCUGUCAGCGGGUAAAGAAAGGCAUUGUAUCUCGAUUUGGAAUCCUUAACAAAAUGAAAAUGAAAGAUUAGAAGUUUGCCAUCAA